UGGAGAUCGACACUCACUUUCCUUGGUACCAAGUAAGAAAAUAAACUGCUUCGAACGGGAGCUGGAGUCAAGUCUCAUUAUCAGAAAGAGGUAGAGGAGAGAAAGCCGAGAAGAGAAGAUGGGGAACAGAAGCAGUUGAUCAGGUAAUGCUGGUCCUGCUGACAAGCGGAGGAACGCUGGAGGUAAAAAUGACGGACUGUUGAAGGUAGGACAGAAAACUUUAAAAAAGAUAAAGAAAGUUAAGAAACAGUGACAACUAUUGGGGGACCCCUUAGUCCCACCAGGAUCCCCAGCCGAUACUGUAGUUAAAGAAAGCGGAUAUGAUCGGUAUGCGGUUAUCUUUAGUAGUGAUUUGUAUGGGUGGUCGGAUGGACAAUGGCCUUAUGGAGGAAGCUUCAAUUUAAAACUAAUUCAAACUUGGGAGAAUGUCACGCGAGAAGGGGACGGCGACCCACAUUGGGAUGUGGACUAUAUGUUGGGGUGUUUUAAAAGUUAGAAAGAAGUAGCAAGAAGACACCAGCCACCAAAACGCCCCAAGAAAAAAGACCAAAUAGAGUCAGUGGCUAAAAAGGCGGUAGAAACCAAUCCCCCGGGAGUGGGAUUAUAUCCCCGCCUUCCUGCCCUGGCUAGCGCCCCUCCCCCUGGUGGGCUGCAGCCCUACCCCCACCCUACCGGGGCCCCUUGGCACAGGAGGCUGUCGGUGAAAGCGAGGAAUCCCAGAGCACAGGGGAAUCCGAGUCGACAGUUAGUAGCACUAGCGACUUCCGAAGACGGCCUAGCCGAAAAGCCACGGAUAAGACAAGAGGGGAGGAGGAGGUUUUACAAGCUCCCCGUAUUAUGAUUGGAGGUGUUCCUAUACUAAAACCCUGGACUCCAGCAGAAGCCCGAGCCAUGGUGUCUGAAGCCCCAGACCCUUUGAAGAGACCCAAUGCUUUUCAUAACUGGCUGGUACAAAUAUGUAUGAUCUACUCCCCUCUCCCCGGGGAUGUGCAGGUGCUACUGAAAUGUGCAUAUGGAAAUUCGUGGUCAUCUCUAAAAGAGGGAUUCACUAUUCCCCCCAGUGAAAACGGAGAUUGGAGACCAAAUGAUGACCAACUUGCAAUCGGGAAUGAGUCUCUGUCUCACUGGCUAGAGAAUAGAGGGAAGGAAGCUAUAAUGGGAGAAGCGCGAAAACAUAGUGAUAUAGGGGAAGUAGCCCGCUGCCUGCAGCAAAAAGAGGACUCUAUCCCAGAUUUUACAGCUAGGUAUAGAAGUAAAUGGGAAGAACAUGCAGGUAUUCCUUUGGAGACUGGACCACUGGCAGUUCAAACCUUACUAAACUGUAUGCCACCCCACCAGGCAAAGGCUUACAAAUUGGCAAAGCUAAAUUGGCAGAAUCAACAAUGGGGAAAAGUGGUCACUUCAUUAAUGAAUAUGGACAGACAGGGCCUUUUCGUUUCCCAGGAGGAAAGCAAGCCCGACACGAUGGGACAAGGAGGAUAUCCCCAGGCCAAUGGGAGAGGAGGGGGCAGAAGGAGACAAAAGUGGUCUCGAGAUAAAUCCCAAGACCAGUGUAACAAUUGUGGAAGGAAGGGUCACUGGGUCCGGGAAUGUAGAUCAGGACGAGGCCAGGACCUGAGGGGAGGGGAGAUGCUCCCUUUCUCUUUUAGUCACCCAAAUCCAUCGUCAUAGAGGUGCCGCGAGGGGAGGGUGGUACAGGCGACCAUCAUCAGACUGUCCAAAAC